GUUGGUUAUCCCCAGAACAAUCAUUUAGACCAAUGGGCACAUCAUGCCUGGCAAGUUGGUAUGGGAGCAGAUAUUUAACUAACCAUGAAGACAAACAUUAUCACUACAUGGCACUCCUUUGUAAAUGUUCCCAAUGCGAUUGUACCAGCCAUUGAAAAGGAAAUCCGACGCAUGGAGAAUGGAGCAUGCAGCUCCUUUUCUGAUGACGACAAUGCCUCACUGUCUGAAGCAGAGAGUGAGGACUCUUUCUUUAGGAACAGCUCACACAGAAGGCGAGGACCAUCCCAGAGGGAGCAGUACUUGCCAGGUACUAUGGCUCUUUUCAAUGUUAACAACAGCAGCAACAAAGACCAGGACCCAAAAGAAAAAAAGAAAAAGAAGAAGGAAAAGAAGAGCAAGGCAGAUGAUAAAAAUGGAAGUAAGAAGGACCCAGAGAAGAAAAAGAAGAAGGAGAAGGAAAAAGAGAAGAAAAAGGAGGAGAAAAGCAAAGAUAAGAAAGAAGAGGAGAAGAAAGAAGUUGUGGUUAUUGAUCCUUCAGGAAACACAUACUACAACUGGCUGUUUUGCAUCACUUUACCUGUGAUGUACAACUGGACGAUGAUUAUUGCAAGAGCAUGUUUUGAUGAACUCCAGUCUGAUUACCUAGAAUACUGGCUCAUUUUUGAUUAUGUAUCAGACAUAGUCUACCUUGUUGAUAUGUUCGUACGAACAAGGACAGGUUAUCUGGAACAGGGAUUGCUGGUGAAAGACAAGCUGAAACUCAUAGAGAAGUACAAAGAAAACUUGCAGUUUAAACUUGAUGUUCUGUCAGUGGUACCAACGGAUCUGCUGUAUUUCAAGAUGGGGUGGAACUACCCAGAGAUUAGGUUAAACCGGCUGCUAAGGAUCUCGCGCAUGUUUGAGUUCUUCCAGCGGACAGAAACGAGGACCAACUAUCCCAACAUCUUCAGGAUCUCAAACCUCGUCAUGUACAUUGUCAUUAUCAUCCACUGGAAUGCCUGUGUGUACUACUCCAUCUCGAAGGCUAUUGGGUUUGGGAAUGACACGUGGGUCUACCCUGAUGUUAAUGAUCCUGAGUUCGGCCGUUUGGCUAGAAAGUAUGUCUACAGCCUUUAUUGGUCUACACUGACCUUGACAACCAUUGGUGAGACUCCACCUCCUGUGCUGGAUUCCGAGUACGUCUUUGUGGUGGUUGACUUCUUAAUUGGAGUCUUAAUCUUUGCCACCAUCGUCGGUAACAUAGGUUCCAUGAUUUCCAAUAUGAAUGCAGCCCGGGCGGAAUUCCAAGCAAGAGUCGACGCUAUCAAACAAUACAUGAAUUUCCGAAAUGUGAGCAAAGAUAUGGAAAAGAGGGUUAUUAAAUGGUUCGACUACCUGUGGACCAACAAAAAAACAGUGGAUGAGAAAGAAGUCUUGAGAUACCUACCUGACAAACUAAGGGCAGAAAUCGCCAUCAACGUCCACUUAGACACGCUAAAAAAGGUUCGCAUCUUUGCCGACUGUGAAGCUGGUCUACUGGUGGAGCUGGUGUUGAAACUCCAGCCCCAGGUGUACAGUCCUGGGGAUUACAUAUGUAAGAAAGGGGACAUUGGGCGAGAGAUGUACAUCAUCAAAGAAGGCAAACUUGCUGUGGUGGCUGAUGACGGAAUCACACAGUUUGUGGUGUUGAGUGACGGCAGCUACUUCGGCGAGAUCAGCAUCCUGAAUAUCAAAGGCAGCAAGGCUGGGAACCGAAGAACAGCCAACAUUAAAAGCAUUGGGUACUCCGACCUGUUCUGCCUCUCAAAGGAUGACCUCAUGGAAGCUCUUACGGAGUACCCGGAUGCCAAAACUAUGCUGGAGGAGAAAGGGAGGCAGAUCUUAAUGAAAGACGGUCUACUGGAUAUAAACAUUGCGAAUCUGGGCAGUGACCCUAAAGACCUGGAAGAGAAGGUCACGCGAAUGGAGGGGUCCGUUGACCUCCUGCAAACACGAUUUGCCCGCAUCUUAGCUGAAUACGAGUCCAUGCAGCAGAAACUCAAGCAAAGGCUAACCAAGGUCGAGAAGUUUCUGAAACCACUUAUCGAAACAGAAUUUUCAGCUCUUGAGGAACCCGGAGGAGAAAGCGAGCCCGCAGAGUGAAAAGCUGGACAUCAGCAGAAACAUGCGCAUCUCAGAAUCUUCUUGAGCACUCGACCAGAGAGACUAAACACCAGAAGAAAAACAGAUUCAUCUGAAAAACUUUUCUGUCGGGAAAAUGUGUGUGGUGGAUGACAUAAAUCCAUUGUGCAGUGCUACAAUUAAAGAAUCGUCUACCCCUGGGAUUUUCACAAUGGCUAGUGUGCAAGG